AGGCGGCAACCGCUCUUACUCGGCUCUUCCCGGUUGGCCAGACCAGCUCUGCCUCGGUUCUCUGGCGACUAUGGGGGACCCCAGCAAGCAGGACAUCUUGACCAUCUUCAAGCGCCUCCGCUCCGUGCCCACCAACAAGGUGUGUUUCGACUGCGGCGCCAAAAACCCCAGCUGGGCGAGCAUAACCUACGGGGUGUUCCUCUGCAUCGACUGCUCGGGGUCACACCGGUCGCUGGGCGUUCACCUGAGUUUUAUCCGAUCUACAGAGUUGGAUUCUAACUGGUCUUGGUUUCAGUUGCGAUGCAUGCAAGUUGGAGGAAAUGCUAAUGCAGCGUCCUUUUUCCACCAGCACGGCUGUGCCACCAGCGACACCAACGCCAAGUACAACAGCCGUGCGGCCCAGCUCUACAGGGACAAGAUCAAGUCGCUGGCCUCGCAGGCCACGCGGAAGCACGGCACUGACCUGUGGCUGGAUAGCUGUGUGGUCCCGCCUUCGUCCCCCGCACCCAAGGAGGAGGACUUCUUUGCUUCGCACGCUUCCCCAGAGGUGACCGGCACGCGGUGGGCCUCAGCUCCCCCAGAACCAUCUUCUUUGGCACCGAGGAGCGAGGACACCCCCCCAGCAGAUAGCGAAGGUGGACCAGAGCAAGGACCAAGUGUGGAAGGUCUUAACGUGCCAACCAAGGCUGCCUUAGAGGUUUCUUCUAUCAUAAAAAAGAAACCAAGCCAAGCUAAGAAAGGCCUCGGGGCCAAGAAAGGCAGUUUGGGAGCUCAGAAGCUGACGAACACGUGCUUUAAUGAGAUAGAGAAACAAGCCCAGGCUGUGGAUAAGAUGAAGGAACAGGAGGACCUGGCCAGGACAGCGCCUAAGGAAGAAUCCAUCGUUUCAUCCUUACGGUUGGCCUACAAGGACCUUGAGAUUCACAUGAAGACAGAGGACCACCGGGUGCACCUGAGCGGGAAGAAGAAGGCGGAGUCCGAGAGGCUGGGCAUGGGGCUCGGAAACGGCCGGAGUGGCAUUUCGCACUCGGCAAUGGCCGACAUGCAGACCAUCGACCAGGAAACACCGGGCGCGGCAAAACCGCGGAGAAAGUACGGCGAGGACAGCGAGGAGUCCUGUUUCACUUCCAGCUCCAGGUACUUGGACGAGCCGCUGGAGCUGAGGAGCAGCUCCUUCUCCAGCUGGGAUGACGGCGCGGACGCCUACUGGAAGAAGAGCGCCAGGGACCCGGACGCGGCCCCGAAAGCCUCAGGGCCCCCGGACAGACCUACUACUCGCCGCAAGCCGGACUACGAGCCGGUUGAAAACACAGAUGAGGCCCAGAAGAAGUUUGGCAACGUCAAAGCCAUUUCAUCAGAUAUGUACUUUGGGAGACAGGCCCAAGCUGAGUACGAAACCCGGGCGCGGCUGGAGCGGCUUUCCGGGAGCUCGGCCAUAAGUUCGGCCGACCUGUUCGACGAGCAGAGGAAGCAGGCGGCAGGGAGCUACAGCCUCACGAGCGUGCUGCCCACCGCGCCCGACAUGGCGCAGCUGAAGCAGGGAGUGCGGUCCGUGGCCGGGAAGCUGUCCGUCUUUGCCAACGGCGUCAUGACUUCGAUUCAGGACCGCUACGGCUCGUAACCUGACGCCCUGCGCGUGGUGGAGGCUCCCCUCUCCGGAGAGCCCGCGGCCAGCACGCGGACCGCAGCGAAGACCGGCCAGUUUUGCGGAUCGUUUUGCUGCCUUCUCACGGGGCCUCUGUCCUUCGCUGACGUGUGGCGGUCCUCUUGAUGUCGUAGAAGCUUUACUGUCAUUUCCGUUCCGUGUUCCUUCCUGCACACGCCCUCCCUCUGGUGUGUCCAUGCGUGUCCUUGCCGUGUUUUCUUGGAAUCCUUAGUUCCAACAGUGGGGGGCCGGGAGACACAGGCCCCUCCUACCUCUCCAAGGACAGGGAGCCUUUGUGGGGGUCUCUGAGUGCACGGCCUGCAGGCCGGGGGCCCCCGGAGUCAGCUGACACCAGGCAGGCCUGGGGGAACACAACCCACAACACACAUUUCAUUAAAAGCGGAGCAAAGGAUAAAAACGAAAGACCAGAACUGACCAGUGUCCGACGGGAUGUAUUGCUGCCUUUACCUUUCCACCCACGGAGGGGGUUUCAAAAUGAUGCUUAAAGGUGCCUGUCCCCUUGUAAAUGGUCUCCUGUGUGUGCCCUGUCCACUCAGAAAUAAUCUCCGGGGAGCGCCACCACCGACCUGAGCUUCUGCGUGGCCACGAACGCUGGCCUUCGGCGAGGCCCCCCGUGCGUUUGGGGACCGGCGGGGUGCACGGGACUUGGGGGGGCUGCGGGGACCCACGGAAAACCCUUCAGUGCACAAGGAAACAGUAGUUGUGAUCGGGUAGUUCUGCCAGUAUUUUUUUAUCUUAAUCUUAGUUUUUAAAAAAUUAACAGAAUGUGUAUAAACAAAUAAAGAAGCGUAAUCUGGCUGUGUUUUAGACAGCUCUAGAAUAUAUUGUUCAGAGGAGUAAAAUGUAUUUGAAAUUUGAUGAACCAGAAAUGCGGUUUCAACGGAAUAUUUUGUGAAUCUUUCUUAAAAGCUCCAAUCUGUAGACUUCUAAAUAAACAGCUGCCACAGACGCA